UAGAGUAGUCUCCCUUGGUGUUUCUUCCGGUUAAUUCAUGCCUGCUACUUAUCUUAUUUAAAUAUCAUCUAAAAUCUAAACGGAUAAAAUGUUUAAAAAAUUUGAUGACAAGGAAAAUGUUGGUAAUACUAACAUUGCAAAGUCAUCAGUACAGAAGGGCAUUAGAAAUCAGAUUUUAGAACAGUUUCAACACAUAGAUGAAUACCUUGAUCAAAUAAUGCCAAAAAAGGAACCCUUAAAACUCGUGAAAUGUCAUGAGCAUAUUGAAUUGUUGAGCAACCAAGCUGGAGAAGUUCUUUUUUUCAGACAGAGGGAAGGCCCCUUGUAUCCAUCACUUAAAUUGUUACAUAAAUAUCCCUUUAUUUUGCCCCACAUGCAAGUAGACAAAGGAGCAAUCAGGUUUGUUCUCAGUGGCGCCAACAUUAUGUGUCCUGGUUUGACAUCACCUGGUGCUCGCAUGACCAAAGUUGAUAAGGAUCAGAUUGUUGCAAUAAUGGCUGAAGGAAAGCAGCAUGCUUUGGCUGUUGGGCUCACAAAAAUGUCUACUGAAGAAAUUUUAUCAAAAAAUAAAGGAGUUGGUGUGGAUAAUAUACACUUCUUGAAUGAUGGACUCUGGCUGAUGAAGCCCUUGAAAUAACAUCUUCAUUAUGUAUGAUAGAAAUUUUUAAUAUUUCAAUGUACAUACAUGUUCAAAAUGACUGAGGAUACAUUCAAUUUUUUGUGGUUAUCAGAUAAAAUGAUAUUGUUGAUUAGUGAUAUUCUAAAGCAUAAAGGGAUCUGAAAUUUAAAAAGCUGUAUGAAUUGGGAGUUAGGGUAUAAUAAAUCUAAAAUGAUCAAUACCACUGAGGUAAUGUUACUAUUAAAAUGUACUGUAAUUUUUGUGUCUGUUCAGCUAUUAAGCAUUAUUGUGCGAUUUAUAAAUGGAUAUUUAUGACAUUGUCAUAAUGGUAAGAAAUUAAACUUUGUGGAUAAAUGACUGUUCUUUUGGGAUUAAAAAUGUGCAUUUUAUUAUUUUGGAUAAAAUCCACAUUUUGUUUAGAUUGCAUGUUUUUGGAAUGAAUGUUUAUUUAUUGCUACUAGUUGUAUUGUCAGACUUGAUUUUACCAAUUAAAAAAUGUGUGUUUUA